AAAUAUUAGUGAAAAAAAAAUAGAUAAAAAAAGGGGACAAAACAAGUAGAAGCUAACAUCGGCAAGAAGGAAAGUGCAUCAGACAAUGGCCACGGCGGCGGAAUCAUCGGAACCGGAGACACCCCAUUCCCCUGUUAACCAUUCCACAAUCACAAGCACCCAACCCCAAACCCUAGACGUAAAACCGUUUAUCGACUACGCUGUUGCCCAAGCCCUUUUCUACCAAAAGACCUUCAACGACGCCGUCGAAUCUGCAAUCGACGCUUCAACAUCUCGUUUUUCUCAAAUCCGUUCAACCUCUUCAGCUCAUUUUCAACAAACAUUGUAUUAUUUGGAUGAUUUCAAGUCUCAGUAUAAUGCUUAUGAGGAUAUUUUGAUUGGAAAAAUCAAAGAGGGUGUACAUGUUGCAGCUUCACAUCCAGUAAUUACUUGUGGAGCCACUGCUGCAAUGGGGCUUCUUGUCCUCAAAAGGCCUCGUCGGAUCUUGUACUACAACACUAAGCGUCUCUUUGUUAGUGAGGAGUCUUUGGUUUCUAAAGCCAAUGCUGAAGUUAAAGAGUUGCGGCAGUCAAUUGAUCUUCUAAAAGCCGAAGUUGAAAGGAUGGAGAAGAGUGCGUUACAUGCAGAAGAACAAUUCUUACAUGGAAGGACAAAACUCAGACAAGCAGGAAAGCAAAUCAGGAAUGUGAUUCAGUCGGCAUAUAAAAUUGAGAGACGAGCAGGAGGUUUAAAAGAUAUCCUUGGAGAGCUCCCUAAAAGAGAAGCAUCUCACUUUCGGUCACAGGUUUCCCAACUUGCUUCUGAGGCGAAGCGAGAAAAGAAUUCCUUGGCCAAGGAGGUCUCUAAAAUUAGCAACUAUGGCAUCUCGGUUUGAGGAACAUUUCUUCAACAUGCUCUAAAUGAAUGUGCAAGUUUUCUGGUGAGGAUCGUGAUAUCCGAUAAUCAUACCCUCCCUUUUUCUAGAUGUGUCAUUUGAUUUAUUAGGUUUGCAAGAGGGGAUGUAUCUCUGAGUAGAAAGGGAUUAUCAUAGGAAAAAUGUGAAAGGAAGAAAAAUUCAUCGAGGCUGUAAACCUUCAACUCAAUUGUUUUUUUUCUCCUUCUAAUAAUAUACAAACUUAACAUUGAAUGAAAUUUCACUUCUAAAACAUCUGUAAAACAUAGUUUAUUAAUCUUCAAGGAAUGGAAGUCUUUUGCCGUUAUAUCAAA